UCGUCGCUGGGCGGCCGGGCCAUGGGGGAGGCUGAGGUGGGCGGCGGCGGCGCGCCGGGCGACAAGGGGCCGGGGGAGGCGGCCACCAGCCCGGCCGAGGAGACGGUGGUGUGGAGCCCCGAGGUGGAGGUGUGCCUCUUCCACGCCAUGCUGGGCCACAAGCCCGUCGGUGUCAAUCGGCACUUCCACAUGAUCUGUAUCCGGGACAAGUUCAGCCAGAACAUUGGUCGGCAGGUCCCAUCCAAGGUCAUCUGGGACCACCUGAGCACCAUGUAUGACAUGCAGGCACUGCACGAAUCUGAGAUUCUUCCAUUCCCAAAUCCAGAGAGGAACUUCGUCCUUCCGGAAGAAAUCAUUCACGAAGUCCGAGAAGGAAAAGUGGUCAUUGAAGAAGAGAUGAAGGAGGAAAUGAAGGAAGAUGUGGACCCCCACAACGGGGCGGACGAUGUUUUUUCGUCUUCAGGAAGCUUGGGCAAAGCAACGGAAAAGGCCAGCAAAGACAAGAACCCCUCGGACUUGGGCUCCAAGGAGGGGGUGGACAAGCGGAAGCGCAGCCGCGUCACCGACAAAGUCCUGACGGCAAACAGCAACCCCUCCAGCCCCAGCGCCGCCAAGCGGCGCCGAACGUAGACGCCGCUCGGCCCGGGCACAGGGCAGGGGGACAGCGGCCACCGGGCCCGACGCGCCGCCCCCCCCCGCCCCCCCAGCCCGCCGCCCCUGUGGCUCCCACAGGGCCCGACCGCGACCGCCUCCCGCGGGGGCGUGUCCUCCCGCUCCCCGUCCUCCCGUGACGCCGGGUCAGCUCCAGCCGUGCUAGUUCGCCGGCCGGGCUGCGGUCCAGGCCCCGCGGAGCAGGGCGAGGGGCACGGACAAGGAGACCUGGACCAGCGAGCAGGAAGUCCGUUCUUGCUGUGUCCUUGGGGAGCGCUGGUCUUGCCGGGCAGCUCAGUGCUGCCCGUUUGUCCGUCUGUCCAUCUGUUGGCCGUUCUUCCUAACCGGCUGCCCCGUCGGGAGAGAGACUCAGGCCAGCCCGUGGCGGACCGUCGCCCCACCUGAGAAACUGAGAACUGGACGUUUUGCCUCAUUCGCUUGUACUGUAACGAUGUAUAUAAUUUGGCGGUAUUUCACUAUUUAAUUUUUAAGAAGCCUAUUUUACUAGUGUUUUAUAUGAAAACAACACUGCAGAAGUGAAACCUGUGUUGUAUUUUUCCCGAGAUGUUUCGUGCUAAGGUCAUGACUGCUGAGACACUUUUCGCUCAGUUUUUAUAUGCCAGAAACAGAGGAUUUGUAGCGGCUAUUUUUGUAUCCUCCGGUAACUUGCAAACAGACCAAAUGAGUGAGUGGAGGGAAGGGGCGCCGGGGCCCAGGGUUGCCUGAAAUACUUUCGUUUGAGUGCGGAAUAUUAAAGCACAAAAGCAGCA